UGUUGGUUAAGUUGGCACUGCUUACGUUCAAUAGAACCGAUAACUUUUUCUUUUCAUUGUGAUUCUCAUCGCACGCGAUACAUCAGACAGACUGCAAUUGUGAGAAAGAGUGGAUUUUUAUUUUGUUUGCUAUCUACGUUUUUCCCCAAGAAAAUAUUACAUAGUAGAAAAUUAAAAAGCACACUCAAUUUACAAUAACGCAGUCAGAAGCUGAUCUAACGUGGAUGCGAUAAAAAUUCGAAAUAUACUGUGAAAUACAAAGGCAUUGUGGUAGUUGGUUUUUUUCCACGCCAAAAAUUACUUUUUCUCUUUUCGGUUCUUGUUCGUUUUUUUUUUGUGGUGAAACUUUCGCUGUAAAUUCGGCCAGUGUAUAUGGAUGUGGAUCAGGAAAAGGACGUAAUUGUGAUCGAUAGCGACACCGAAAGUGAAUCCGACGAAGACAUGGAAAUGCAAUUCAUUCCGAUCGAAAAUAAUCAGACGCUGGCUGAGAACAAGAAAAAUGCUGGCAACGAUCAAUACAAAGCACAGAAUUAUCAAUCAGCAUUGCACUUGUACAGCGAAGCGAUUACACUGUGUCCCGACAAUGCCGCAUAUUAUGGCAACCGUUCGGCGUGCCUAAUGAUGAUGGGCGACUUCAAAGGAGCUCUCCGUGACAGCCGUGAUGCAGUUUCAUUCGAUGACAAAUUCGCCAAAGGCUAUGACCGUAUAAUCAAAUGUUGCCUCAUGCUAGGAGAUAUUGUCGGUGCUGAGCAAUCAAUAAAAAAACUCGCCGCACUCGGUUCGAACAAUGACAUCUGCAACAAAUACGAAGAACAGUGCAAACAGUUGCGGUCGUUCAACGAAAAAAUCACACAAAGCUACGAGAAAAAGGACUUCCGAACAGCUGUUUUUCACGCUGAUGGAGCUCUCAAAAUUGCACCUGCCUGUUCGAAAUUUAGAUUGUUGAAAGCCGAAUGCUUAGCUCUGCUUGGUCGUGUUGAGGAAGCAAAUGAUAUUGCCGUAGCCUGUAUGAAAUCCGAUACAGCCAGCGCUGACGCAGUUUAUGUGCGCGGUCUCUGCUUGUACUACAAAGAUAAUUUGGACAAAGGCUUGACACAUUUCCAACAAGUGCUCACAUUAGAUCCAGACCACAGCAAGGCCAAAAUAAUGCGACUGAAGGCAAAGAGCUUAAAGGAAAAGAAAGAAAGUGGCAACAAACUAUUCAAAGUGGGUAAAUUCCGUGAAGCACACAAAUUAUACACAGAAGCACUUGAAAUCGACCCGUUGAAUGCUGACAUCAACUCAAAGCUGCUGUAUAAUCGUGCGCUGAUGAACUCAAAAAUUGGCAACAUUCGAGAUGCCAUUGCCGAUUGUAGCGAAGCAUUGAAAACCAAUCCCGCCUACCUCAAAGUGAUCUUGUUGCGUGCAAAGUGUCACAAUGACAUGGAAAACUACGAGGAAUCGGUGAAAGAUUAUGAGACCGCCCUGAAAAUGGAACGUACAAUUGAAAUCAAAAAUGCACUCAAGGAAGCGAAAAUUGCGCUCAAGCGAUCGAAACGAAAAGACUACUACAAAAUCUUAGGAAUUGACAAGCGCGCAUCGGACGAUGAAAUCAAAAAGGCGUACAAAAAACGUGCCCUAGUCCAUCAUCCAGAUCGUCAUGCCAGCGCAUCGGACGAUGAGAAACGCGAACAGGAAAAGAAAUUCAAAGAAAUCGGCGAAGCCUACGCCAUUCUAUCCGAUCCACAGAAGAAGGAACGCUUUGACAAUGGACAAGAUUUGGACGAUGUCGAAUUUGAUCCAUCACAAAUGUAUCGACAAUAUUUCCAUUUUUCGAAUGAUUACAAUAAUCCAUUCACUUUCUUUUAAAACAUUCACAACGACAUUUUGCUUCCCUCAUAAUUUCCCUCUCUUCUGUUAUGAAAUAUAUAGUUUCUUUUUUUAGUUUAAGUAUAAACACAAAACACAAAUUUAAAACCGAAAACAGAUCAGAAACACAGUUUGUUCAAUAAUGUGUUGAUUGCCCAAGACUUUUAUCUUAUUUCAUAAAUAAUUUCAAGGCAAUGCAAUGGAUUUUUGUUUUAUAUCGAUCACUAAUCUCUUUUGGAUAACAAAUUGGCUUUGAAGACAACGUUAUAAUUUAUCGUUAUGUUCGAUCAAGAAUUACUAGAAAAUAUGGAAUAAAGAAAUAUUUCGAAUUAA